AUGCCUAAUUAUAAUAGAAAUCAUUUUUCAAAUAUUGAAAGUAAAGAUGUAAAUGACAUUUUAAAUAUAAAAAAAAGUAGAGCAGAAAAAAUUUUUUCCUUUAAGGACACCAUUGAGCAUAACUCUAAUAUUAAUGAAAAUUUUCCUAAUAAUGGAAACAGAAGAAAAGAAAUAACUAAUGAAAUAAUGUAUAAUUAUAAAAAUAAUAAAGAUAUAAACAAUAAGGAUAUAGAAAAAGAAAAUAUGGUAAAAAAUAAAUUAUAUAAUAAUACAGAUAUGAAAAAAAAAAUAUAUUAUGAUAAAUUAAACAUUAACAAUAAUAGUGAACAAGAUUAUAUGAAACCAAAGAAUUCUAAGAUUAAUGAAAAUUUAAAUAAAAAUUACUUGGAGAGAAAGUUUUUUGAUGAUAGUAUAGCAAAAGAUAGAUCUAAAUUUAGAAGAUUAGAACAGUUUAAUGAAGAAAAUAACCUAAAUUCUAAUUGCACUUAUAAUGAUGCAAAUAUUAAUAAUAACAACAAUAAUAAUAUACAAAGAAAUUAUAAUGAUUACAAAACACUUUCAAAUAAAGAGAUGAUAAUAAAAAAUAAAAAAUCAAGUAAUAUUGAGUGUUUUUCAAAUAAUCAGAAACAAAAUUAUGAGUGUAGUAGAAACAAUAAUGAUAAUUACGAUAAUUUCAAUCAAAAAAGUAUACUAUUUCAAAAAAAUAGUGAUUAUAACUAUGUAAGUAAUGAAAAUAAUAUGAAUUUAAAUUUUUCUAAGAUAAACAGAAAUCAAAAAAAAUUUUUACAAACAGAAUUAAGUGAUUCUAUGAUACCAUUACCAUCUCCUUAUAUACAAAGAGAUAUGAGCUAUCAUAGAAAUAUGAAUGAAGUAAAUAAUAAUAAUAUUAAUAAGGAAAUUUUUAAAAAAGACACUCAAAAAGAGGAUUUAAAUGAUGAAGAUUUUUGUGAAAAUAGUAAUAUUACUGAUAAUAGAAUAACUAAUGUGAAUAAUGAAUAUCAAAGAAACAAAAAUAUUCAAAAAGGUAUAAUAAAUGUAGGAUCUUCAUUUAUACCGAAAGAUAAAAAUGUUAUGCUACCUUCAAAAAAAGUUGGAAACCUUAAUAAAUAUAAUGAAGAUCUCAAUGAAGAAAGAAUAAACAACAACAAUUUAUUAAUGUACCAUAAUUCUAAUAUAAGAGAUAAAUAUCAAAACUAUUCUUCCUUAAAAAAAGAAUCCAAUCUUCUUCCGAAUCAAAAUUUAGUAGACAAAGAUGGAAAUAGAAAAAAAGAAUAUCAUAACUUGUCAUUAAGUACAAUUGAUUCUAACUACUCUAAUCAAAAUAAUUAUGAAAAGAAGUUUGCUCCAAAUUUUUUAGAUUCCAAUUUAAAUUCAAGAAAAGAUAACAAUAUAGAAGGUAAUUCAAAAAAUAAUAUGGAAUAUAUGGAAGAAAAAAAAAUGCCUAUAAAUGAUAUCAAACAAGAGAAUAAAUAUAUGGGAACUAAUAAUGGUGCUAUCGAUCAAAACUUAGAUAACAAAACUGCUUCAAGAGAGUUUACGUAUUCAUCAGAAUAUGAAUAUAAUUUAAAAAAAAGCAAUAAAAAACCUUCCUUUAAAAAAGAUAAUAUACAAAGUGUUAAUAAUAAUGUAAUGGAUAAACAAAGAUUUUUAGAUAAAGGAGAAAAUGAUCCUAUUACAAAAAAUUAUGAAUAUAAGAAAAUCGAAAAUGGAAAGUCAUCUCCUGAAUUUGGGAAUGAUAACAUUAAUAAUAUCGUUUAUGAUAAUAGAACUGAAAAUAUAAUGAAUGAAAAUAAAAUAUCUAAGGGAAAUAUAAUAGAUAAUUCAAGAGAUUAUAAAAGUAAUAUAAAUCAAUAUAGUUCACCUAAAUAUGACGAUAAACAAUUAAGAAAACAAACAAAAAAUACAGAAAACAUGGAGAUAAAUUAUUUAAAUAAAAAUGUUAUGAAUUAUGGUAAAAUAAAUGAAGAAGAGUACAAUAGAUAUGAUUCUUCAGAUUCUUAUGAUAAUAAUACAUUAUAUGAAAACAUGAAUGAUGAAUUACAAAUGGAACAGGGAUAUUUAAGAAAUGAUCAAAAUUAUUAUAACAAAAAAGUUAACUAUAAAUAUUUGAAUGAAAGGAAUAUUAAAAGACCUUGCAAUGAUAUCAUAAUAAAUUCAACAAAAGAAAAUUAUAAAAAUAAUCAGAAUGUUCAUGCUUUUAAAAAUUAUUCAUCUGAAUGUUAUCAAAAUAUUGAUAAUACAUCUGAUAGAAAAUCUUAUGACGAUUAUAGAAAUGAUAUGUAUAUAAAUUCACAGUAUUCAGAUAUGGAAAAACAUGAGGAUAUGAGAAAUUAUCCAAAUAAUUAUUUGUAUGAUUCUCAAAAUGAAAAAGGUUCAUUGACAAUAAUUAGACUCCCAGCUGAAAAUAAGAAACAAGUAAAAAAAAAAAAAAAAAAAAAAGUAGAUUAUGAUAAAUCAUUAGUUGAUAUGUAUAGUACAGCAAUUCCUCUAAAUGAAAAAGUUGAUCCUUAUGCAUUAAAAGCUUUAUCGAAAAAUAAGAAUUUAGAUAAAAAAAUAUAUGCAUUAAUACCUAAAUCAGUAGUAGAAGUAGCUGAAUAUGAUGAUAUUACACAUGUCACUUUACAGUCUCCAUCCCCUCUUUUUGUUAAUCCAAAUAUGAGUGUAAAACAACAUAUAAUAACCACUAAUUAUCAUCAAAAAAAUGAUGAAAUUCCAAAUAUAGCAUCAUGUGUUGUUCCUAUAUCUGAUGAAUCGUUAAAAGAAUCUCUAGAGAAAUCAAAGGAAUCAUUAAACGGAGCAGAAAAUGAUAAAAACCUUAAAUCAAUUAUCAGAGGAACUUCAUUAAGAAAUAAAAGUGGUUCAUCUUUAAGUGUAAAAUUUAAAUUAUCAAACAGUGAAUAUGAUAAUAAGUCAAUAAUUAAAAAUGAAGAUAAAAAAAAUACAAUAUCACAAAAUGAAGAUAACACAGAUAAAAAUAAAGAAUUAAACAAAAAAAUAGAAGAUCAUAUAUUAUCACAAGAAUUAAAAAAUUUGAAAAUUGAUAAAAACGUUACGGAAAAAAGAAGAGCAUCUAUAUUUGAUGAAUCCAAAAUAAAAUCAAAAAAUGAGAAAAAAAAAGAUUCAAAUAAAAAAAUUGUUUUAGACUCAAGUAAAGUUAAAAAAGCAACUGAAAUUAAAUUAAAAAAAAUUCAACAUGUUACUGGUUUAUUAGAAAAAUAUGACAUACCUAAUCCUUUUGAAAAAUAUUAUAUGGAACCAUUAGAUUAUUCACAAUUAGUUGGACAAAAUAAUAAUGCAAAACUUUUAAGUUUAGCUCAUACAGUUUCAAAUAAUUACUAUAAAUUCAUUACAAAAAGUAUGGAAAGAGCUGAAAUAAAAGAAGUUUUUAAUGAGAAAAGAAAAAAAAUGAUUUUAAAAUUAAUUGCAUUACUAGGAAAUCAAAUAAAUUCGGAAAUAAAAAAAAAAUUUUCAGAGGCAAAUGCUUUAGCUCCUUCGAAAGAUGAUGAAUUAAAAAGAGAAGAAACUAUAAAAUCUAAAAUGAGUACAAAGGAAAAAGAAAUAAAAAUAGAAGAACAUAAUAUAAUAUGUAAAUAUUGGGAAAAACAAAGUGAAUGUAUGAAUUUAUUAAUAAAAGAAUGGAACAAAAUUUGUGAAAUUUUAGAAUCAAUUAAUAUAGAUCCUAAUAAUAUGAUUAAUUCACUUAUAUCAUUAUACGGAGAAAAAACAGUAAAUGAAUUUCACUUAAGUUUUGAUGAAAUAAAAAAAGCAAAUAUUGAAUUAGAUGUAAAUAUAGAUGAUGUAAUUAUACCAAAUAUUGGAGAGACGGCAGAAAAUAAAUUUGAUCCUUCUAAUAUGACAAUAAUGAAUAUAAUUCAAGAUAUAAAGUGGGAUAUGGAUAUAGAAUAUUCUUUAAAUCAAAUAAGAGAAGAAUGGAAAGAUGAAAAUAGACAAAAGAAAAAAUUAAUACAAAAAAAAAUUAUUGAAGGAAUAAAACAUAGAAUUGGAUUAUUAGAUUAUUUAAAUAAAGUAGAAGUAAAUUUAAAUUCAUUUGCUAAGCUUAUUGAAGGAAGAAUGAUAUCAAAUGAUGAUGUAAAAAAUCAAUUAAGAUCAAUGCAAGAUUUGAAUGAAAAUGUAAUGUUUUCAAAACUUUUUGAAAAAUUAAAAUCUAAUAAAAUGGAUAUCAAUGCUGAAUCAUUUAAAACACCCACUUCCUUUUUUGUUUCACAUCAUUUACCACUGACAUUAUGUUCACUAAGUGAAAAUUCAAACAUAGAUGAAAUAAAAAAUGAAGAAGAAAAUAAAAGUAGUAAAGAUAAAGAAAAUAAUAGUAAAAAUGAUGAUAAAAAUAAUAUUAUAAUAAACCAGAGUGAUAAUGAACAGAAAAACUAA